AUUGGGUAACAGAAGGAGACGCGAUCAACGUCUACAGGGUGACCAGACUAGUGUACGUGUUGCACUAUGGCUGAUAUAAACGAUUCUAGUUUAGUUUUCUUUAUGAGGGCCACACCGGGACAGUGGAAUUAUGCACUGUCUCUUUACAAAGAGGUUUUGAAACUUAAGGCUGCCAAAAGAACGUCGAAAAAAGGACCAGAAGAACUAAUUAAUCUGGAUAAUUGGUAUCAGGAACAACUGAAAAAGACUAUACAUUCAAGGAAAGAUCCCCACAUCACCCACGAGGAGUUGGUACAAAUUACGAAAUGGAAAUUGAUUAGAGGAAAGUUCCGACCUCGUCUUGUAGACCUGGUUCGAAUCAACACUGAAACUGCUGUGAAACAGACCAGUAAAAAAGCAUUCAGAAAGCUCCCCAAUGUCACCAGUGCUAUAACAGCUCUGACAACUCUCAAAGGAGUUGGUCCAGCCACUGCUUCGGCUAUUCUAACAGCAGCUUACCCAGAACAAGUUGCUUACAUGGCCGAUGAAAGUAUGCUGUCCACUCCGGGUGUCGAGGCAAUUGACUACACACUAGAGGAGUACCUGAACUAUCACGAGCAGAUUAAGACCUGCUGUGACCGGCUGAACAAGAAGAAUCCUGAAGGAAAGUGGACUCCUCACAAGGUGGAGCUUGCAUUGUGGACACAUUACUUGGCACGUGAGAUGAACCCUUCACUCCUGGAAGAAAUGCCCAAAGCAGAGUUAGAUGACAGCCCUGCCACUCCGAAUGGAAAAUCAAACAACCACGAGAAUGAUGAACAAGCUUUAGCAGAUGUCCCAGUGAAAGAUCAGGAUGCUAAUUCUGAAGAGCCGGGAGAAGACAGUCGCGACUCCAAGAUCUCGUCAUCAGACACGGCUGGUACUGGGCUAGAGAAGUCAGAGGAUUCCAACCUUGAUAGUUCCUUGUUAAGUGAUGGGAUUGAGGAAAAGACCAACGAAACAGAACUAGGGGUACCCGAAGAACCAGCUAGCAAGAAACUGCGGGUUCAGUAGUAAUACUCUCCAUACGACAAAUGUUGUUGUUGGUGGUAUCAGUUUUAGUAAUUACUUCACUUUUUACAGAUUUUUAUCACAAUGGUGGAAGAUUCUUGUAAAAAACUUAAAAAUGACAACAACAAAAGCAUAAAGAUUAACCAGAGACUAGAUCUAUUUUUCUAUCCUCCCUUUAAGUCUGAAAUCAUGAAUGGUGUUUCUGGUGGGCAAGAAAAAAAAAAAAGCUAGGCACAAGAAGAAUUUCAUUUAAUCAUAAACUUGUGUAAAGUUUUCAAAAAGCAGUUUAGAAGGUUAAGCUCAUUUAAUUCCUAUUAUUUCCAAAAGCUGAAAUUUAUCAUUUAAUAUGUGUAAAAUGGUUAUAAUACAUUGUGGACUAGUAAAUUUUUUGAAUGUCUGUGUUUGUUAGAUGUCGCCACCGUAGUAUACAGCUAAAAAUAAUUUGUAAUAGUAAUCUUUUCAAUGGUAAUUUGUGGAUAACAGACCAAAAGUGUUCCUUACAAACAGGUAACUAGGGAUUACCAGACACGUUAAAUUAUCAGUAUCCCCCUUAACAACUAAAAUGACACAUUCCUUAUUUUAAUAUUAACAGUGUUCUUCAUGUCCUGGUUUUAUAUCCCAUAUUUUGUGCAGUGUUAUUAAAUAUAUCGAGUUUCUCAACUAUGUGAAUAAAUCAUGGGUAAAACUGUUACCUUGGUAACUCUAGAUCAGUAUCCUCUUGUAUUACCAUAUGUAUAUGAGGGAUAGUAAAGGAUCUCAGGAACAA